CUUGAAAAGUUCAAGGUCGUGUAUAAUUCGACUUUCACGCCUCAAGACACAUCACUUGUUUAUAGAAAGAUUAUCAGUUCAGUUUCCGGCUUAAAAAUGUUCAUUUCUGAUGGAGCACAUGUUUUGCUACGUAAAGAAAACUGUUACCAGUUUAUUAAAAUCUCCACAGAAAAGAAAGUGACGUUCGAUGGAAAAAAUUUCUCUCUAAAGAAUGCAAUUGGCUUGCCUUAUGGUUCUAUAUUUCUAGUUUCAGGCGAUGAAGUCCAACCUAUUGCAUACAAGUCGUUAAUAACUGCGAAUUUAGAAGACUCCUCUUCAAUAGCUGAGGAAAACAAAAAUGAAUCAAAAGAUAAUAGAAAUAUCAAGUGUUCUCAAGGUAAUCAAAAGUUAAGUGGUUCACAUAUAGAACAGUUGCGUCUUAAUGGUUUACCUGGACAAGACAUUUUAGAACAAAUAGUAGAAGGCAGUACGACUUUCGAGCAGAAAACUUCAUUCUCUCAGCAAAAAUAUCUCAAGAAAAAGAAAACUAAACACUUGAGUUUAUUCUCAAUUGAAAAACCUAAUACUCGUAUAAUCUUCGAGACGUACGGUAGUUUGCGUCCAGAAAAGUGUCUCGGAUUGCGUUUUGAAACUGUCUGUCGUAUCUUAUCUUAUGCUAAUAUUCAUGCUGGUUCAACUGUUCUUGUUUGUGAAACUUGUGCUGGACUUAUCACCAGAGCUGUACUUGAGCGUAUUGGUAUAGACCAAGCUGAAGGAUCUGUGAUUCAAUUUUAUCAUGGUUCGAUACCUCCAAAAUUAGAAGCUAUGCCUCUACCAGAAGGCAUAUAUAAGCAAAAAGUUUAUCCUGUUCGUCUAUUGGAUGUAAUGCCGAUUUUACUGCAUAAAGCUUUUGAAGAUAAAAAUAAUCAGAUUGCAGAAACUGAUGACGAUUCUGAAAUCUUGGCUAAAAUUCCUAAAGUUGACGAUGAUGUAGUUUCUGAAGAAAAAGAAAAAAUUACAGAUCAAGAAACAGUAAUAACACAAGUUAAUACCAAUAAUCCACAGUACAUUUCUUCGUUUAAUCAUAUUUUUGGUAAUGAUCGUCCUGUACCAGAUUCUCUUAUCAUUAUUACUCGAUUUCAUCCUGUUGAUUUAACUUUAACCUUACUUCAAUUUUUGCCUAUUGGACGACCUUUUGUAGUUUAUUCACAAUAUAUUCAGCCUCUUGUUGAUUUGUAUAACGCAUUAAAACAACGUGGAGGUAUAACACAUCUUCGUUUAACUGAUACUUGGUUUCGUCGUAUUCAAGUGCUACCUGAUAGAACGCAUCCAGAGAUUAAUAUGUCAUGUACAAAUGGUUACCUUUUAAAUGGUUAUACUGUUGAACCAGAAAUAAGUACAAAAGCCUUAUUACAAUCAGGACUGUUAUCAUCUGUUUCUUAACAAUGUAUAUGUAUAUAGUUCAACCUACUUUUUUAAUCGAUAAAGUGUAUAAAGAAUGCUUUUAUUGUCUUUCUUAAUAUAUACUACUUUUUGUAAUCA